AUGCCGCGUGUUCCCAAUGCACUCGAAGGUCGCUAUAAAACCACCCGCUUGCGCCCCCAGGGGUUCGCCGCCCGCGUCACACCAACAGAGAGCGCCCAGAGCCCCGCUGUGUGCUGCGAACAAGAGUCGACGACGAUGGGGGCCGGGGCGAGCGUCGUGUACGCCCUCGGGUUUGCGGCCGGGGCGGCGUGGGCCGGGGCUAAUAAACUUGUCGAUGCUGCUUACGACGCCCUCGACGCGGUCCACAAUGCCGCGAAGGAGGUGGCGGAGUACCUGCGCGAGGUGAUGGACGCCGCGUGCUCGGCCGCCGCGGGCGCCGCCUCCUGGGCCCUGGAGAAGCUAGAGAAAGCCGCGGCGUUCGUCGUCGACAUGGUCUUCAGGUUCCUCCGCUGGCUGUUCGGCCGCAAGAAAGCCGGCGCGUCGAGGCGCGAGAUGCGCCGCGCGGGUCCAGCGACUCCCGACGUGUUCGCCGAGGCCGCGGCGCGCGUCGCCAGGUCCGGGCGCUGCAUCAUGGGGCCGGCAGCUUCGUCGGCGGUCGUCGUCGGCCCUGCUGCCGCCGCCGCGCCCGGAGCGCUCGCCCUGCCGGAGUCGGUGUCCGGGUCUGACGUGGCCAUGCGCGCGGCCAGAAGCGCCUCGGGGAUGAUGGGUCUCAUCCUUGAGGCCCUCGCCGCGGAGGCCGAUGUGGGUGGCAGCAUUCCUGCGGCGGCAAGGUCCUCCACCGCCGUCAUAGCAGCCGCGGCGGCCGUCUGCCUCGACGCUGUCGCUUCCACCGACGCAAAUGCCUAG